UCCGCCAUUAUUUACACGCCCGACGUCUCAUUCCGCACGAGACCAUCACGGCAUCCGGUUGAUAGUACAUCUCUGUCGCCCAUUUCUCGUCCCGGUGUUUGCUUCUAAGCUCAUCCUUGACGUACUGUGUUCUCGUCCUGGGAAGGGCGUCCGAUCCGUGGGCAGCAGCCAGCAGCUACCUAGCAGGGUGCCAUCGAUAUGGCCUCCAACUACAAGAUGAAAGGGUUCUUCAAGGGCUUCAAGAUCAUCUCCCAGAUCUUCGCGGCCAAGGAGCAGGAGAUGGUGAUCGGCCGGCCGACGGACGUGAAGCACGUCGCGCACAUCGGCUGGAGCAGCUCCACGCCGGGGACGCUCACGGGGAAUGCUUUUCCAAGCUGGAUGAAUGUCAUCGAGGGAUCAUCUGAUUUCUCGUCUCUGGGCUACUUCGCGCCAUCAGCGGGGACCUCCUGGACUUCUCAAGACUUCGACCAGCAGCACCAACUCCCACGAGACAUGUUGCCUCUCGGGAUAGCUUCAGAGAUCACCAGGGAAGACGUGGCAGCAGCUCCGUGCCCUGAUGUUCCACGCCCGCCACCGAGAAAGAGAAGGCGAAAGAAGAAAACAACGAUUGGCUCUCUGGUGAAUUCGUCAAUGCCAAAUGAUUCAUCUGCAUCAGCCUCGACGGCAGCAACAACCGUCGUUGCCGAUUCCAUUGACACCAAUGGCGUGAUGUGGUGACAGGCAGGCUGCAAAGUGUGUUGUAAGUGUGGUUGUGCAGUUCUAAAAAACUUAGAAUUGUAAAUGUAUUGAUUUCAUAGGUAGCUGAAUACAAUGGUUUGUUCUAAAAGCGUGCAUUGCUUCUUUUUUUUCUUAUGAUUCA